ACAUGAAAGCAGAUAAGCGAAUACGAGAAUCUGCGGGUGCCGAAGGUUCCACGACAUAAAUCCAGUCAGUCAACACGUGGUUUGUGUUUACUUAGUUCAAUUUAGCGAAGGCUCCACUCAGCCAAUGGACGGCCUCGCAGCCGGGUCACGUGAUCUCGGCCCCGGGCACACCUGCACACGCCAAGUGGGCGCAGUCACCAGAGGAGAAGGUCCACGCCAGGGGCGAGGGCCCUGCAGCCGAGCGGCAGCCAUGCAUCGCGACAGCCACGCGUACCAGCAACUCGCGUUCAAGGACUCCUGCGCGUACCAGAGGGCGGCGAACCCGGACGACUUCGCCCACAACCCGCCGCCCUGCCUCUACAUGAGCCGGCAGGUGCAGGCCGGGUACAUGGCCGGAGCCACCCUGGAGCCGGCAGACGGCUUGGUGGAGCCCGCCUACGGGCUCCCGCUGCGUGAGGACCUCGGGAUCCCGCUGUUGCACCACCACCACCAGCAGCAGCAGCAGCAGCAGGCGGGCCAGUCGUCGCAACACCCGCCGCCGCUUACGCCCGCUGCGGCCUUCGGCGACACGGACGAGCACAGCCGGUUUCACCUUCCUUUCCCCUGGAUGAAAAGCAACAAGGGACACUCCCACGCGUGGAAAGCGCAGUGGACAGGUCCGUACAUGAUGGCAGAGGCCGAGGAGAGCAAGCGCACGCGCACGGCCUACACACGCGCUCAGCUUCUGGAGCUGGAAAAGGAAUUUCUGUUCAACCGCUACAUCUCCAGGCCGCGCCGUGUGGAACUGGCGCUUACCCUCAGCCUGACGGAACGCCACAUCAAGAUCUGGUUCCAGAACCGUCGCAUGAAGUGGAAGAAGGAGGAGGACCGGCGGCGGGCCAGGAGGGGCGAGCCCGACCAGGACUCGGCCGUCACCUCUGGGGACCAGGGUGAGGUGGCGGCGGUGGCGGGGGUCUCGCCGCCACUCUCCCCAGAGCGCCACCACCUGGAUCAAAAGAAUACACUUUUUUGACGCCUUAUAAGAAAAAUCGUCAUGGAGGGAAGUAGGAAGGGACACACACACACAACGAUAAUUAAGGAAAAUCCAAUGCUUUUCCCUGCUUUGCCCAAUUUUUAGAUGUUUAUGAACACUUAUCUUGAGCAUUUAUUCUGCGGUGUGGGGCCUGUCAGAAGUGACUUUUUUCCCUCUCCAAUUUGCUCUCUCAGGGUGUACAAUCGUGAAUCUUAAAGUCUUUAAGAUUCACAUUCGCAAAUCCUUUCUGCGCCAGUCAAUUUCAAUGAUUGUGAUGUGAAGCCUUGAUUACCAUGAUAUGGUAACCAAAUAUCCAAACAGUUAGCCCAGCUCCUUCUCAAACUUUCCGCAACAUCAGUGCAGUUGUGCCUUGAAAAAUAUCACUCUAUAGUACCGUAGUUUUUGAUUGUAAUCAAAUAAUUAAAUAGAACGCGAAGAAUUGAAGCAGCUUGUGCAUCAUGAAUUUAUGCUAAACUUCACUUCAUUGUAUUACAACAGACGUUAUGUAUGCGGUGUGUUGUUAUGGUCAUCCCACACUUGACAUUUAUUUUGUCCUCGUCAUUAUGAAGUAAGAUGGGUCUUCAUUUAAGUGCCUGUACCCCCACACCUGCAAGUUGGAAAACCACUAGUGAACUAAAGGUGCCUCGAAAAAAUAUGUUUAUAUAUAUAAACUAAGCCUUGUUUUAAUAUUAAAACACUGUCCGAAUACAUUUCAUGAAGAGCGGGGGACGAUGUUCUCCCGCCUCCUGGUGGAGACAUCUAUAGCAUGGAAGAGGAUCCUCUUCCUCAUCUUUCUAGCGUAUGUGAUUUUAAAAAUAUUUUUGUAAAUACAAGUACAAAAAUACAAAUCAUGUUAGAAAUUUUAUGUUCUGGUCUCCAUUAAAGAACACAUUUUAUUGUU